UCUGUGGACGGCCGGACGAUCCGUGUGGACGAGGCUGGUAAGGGUGGUGGCGGUGGAGGCCGGUCCGGCGGUGGAUCCUACAGAGGUGGAGGAGGACGAGGGGGUGGAGGAGGAGGCUUCUUCAGAGGAGGCCGAGGAAGAGGAGAAGGCGGAGGCGGCUAUGGAGGUGGUGACCGAAGCUAUGGAAGUGACCGAAGCUACGGCGGCGGUGGAUAUAAGAGCGGAGGAGGAGGAUACUCCUCUGGAGGAGGCGGAGGCUACAACAGAGACAGGUGUGUUCCUCCGUUCAGUGCGUCUUUAGAUUGCAACAAAAAUGGUAUAAGCGUUAAUGUUAAGUACUUGUGCAAACAUCAGAACACCCAAUAACCUCUUAAUCUUUUGUUUUAUUCAACAAUGGGUGUUUAAAACGCAUGCAAUUGUCACUAAUUUAAAAAAAAAA